GGCGGGGACGCGCGGCACAGCCGGCUCCCGGGGAGUCCCGCAGGCCUCCGGAACGGGGACGCCGCCCUCGCCCCUUGCUGUGGUGGAAUGUGGGUGCUAACUUGUGUUUUGGGUCUUACACGGUCUUGUAACAAGAGAAAUGCUGAAAUUUCAAGAAACUGCUAAGCAUGUCACUGUUGCCAGAUUUAAUUCUGCUUGCUCAGAUGCUGUGAUUGCCAGAAGAUACACUAUUCAGAGGAAACUUGGUAAUGGAAGCUUUGGAAGUGUGUAUUUGGUUAAUGACAGAAAAGCAAAACAAGGAAAAGAAUUAAAGGUCCUAAAGGAAAUCUCUGUUGGAAACCUAAAGCCUAAUGAAACAGUUGAAGCAAAUCUGGAAGCACAGCUACUCUCCAAAUUAGACCAUCCAGCCAUUGUCAAAUUUUAUGCAAGCUUUGUGGAGCGAGAUAGUUUCUGCAUUAUCACUGAGUAUUGUGAGGGUGGAGAUCUAGACUUUAAAAUUCAAGAGUACAAAGAUUCUGGGAAGAUGUUCACUCAAAGCCAAGUUAUAGACUGGUUUAUACAGUUGUUACUCGGAGUCAACUAUAUGCAUGAAAGACGGAUACUUCACAGGGAUUUGAAAACCAAGAAUAUAUUUUUGAAAGAUAAUCUUCUUAAAAUUGGAGACUUUGGAGUUUCUUGUCUUUUGAUGGGUUCAUGUGAUCUUGCAACUACUUUUACUGGGACACCACACUACAUGAGUCCAGAAGUACUGAAGCAUCAGGGAUAUAAUACAAAAUCUGACAUUUGGUCUCUGGGAUGCAUUUUGUAUGAGAUGUGCUGUAUGAACCAUGCAUUUGCAGGACAGAAUUUUUUGUCUGUUGUGUUAAAAAUUGUGGAAGGUGAAACACCUUCUCUUCCUGAUGGAUAUCCAAGCAAACUGAAUACUGUGCUAUGCAGCAUGUUAAGUAAGAAUCCUUCAUUGAGACCAGCAGCAGCAGAGAUCCUAAAAUCCCCUUAUAUUGAUGAACAACUAAAAAAAACACAGUACAAGUUCACAAACAUUACUAUGAAAGACAAGGCACUUAGCUGGCAGAAAGAAACUGCUCCCAUUUUUGGUGCCGUACAGAAGAAAGUUCAUUUGCAAACUCUGCAGGAACUUUCUGAAGUACAGAAAAUGACACCGCGGGAACGAAUGCGGUUGAGGAAGUUAAAUGCUGCAGAUGAGAAAGCAAAGAAGUUGAAGCAGCUGGCAGAAGAAAAAUAUCAAGAAAAUAUCAAAAGAAUGCAAGAAUUCAGGUCCCGUAAUUUUCAGCAGCUGAAUGUCAAUGUCCUACAUGAAUCUGAUGAGCAGACUUCAAAACAUCUCAUUCAUUCUCAGCCAGCCGCUACGGGGAACUUUGUGUCCACAGGACAUGAUGAACCAAGAGGGAAUGAGACAAGUGAAAUCGGCAUGUCUGAACUUACAGACCACGAGAUCCCUGAAGACCCAGAAGUUGCAGAAGAAUAUUAUAAAGAUGAGUUUGAAUCCUAUUCAGAAGACAGUGAAGGAGAGGAAGAUGCAGAAUUGUCAUGGACAGUCUCUAAGACAAAAUACCAGGACAGUGAUAUGGAGGCAAUGGUUGAGCACUUGGAGAGUGUCCUGAAUAGCAGCUCAUUGGGCUCGAGGACUGUCACCGGAGUGUCUCCAGGGGUGCCCCAGGGAUUCAGAGCUCUCAACAGCACAAUGGCUGAGACCAAGCUGAAACACAUGAGGGAAUCUGCCAUUGGGAAGCUGGGAGUAGAGACAUUUGAGGCGGUGUACAGCUGCCUCAAGGAAGCGAGACAGCAGAAUGCCAGUGAGGAGGAGAUCAGGAGCUGUUUGGAGAAACUGGUUUCUAGAGCAAGUGAUUGCUUCGAAGUGGAUCAGCUGCUCUACUUCGAGGAACAGCUACAGGCUGCAGAGCCACACCUGCAGCUGUAACAGUGUGUCAGCAACAGCUGGAAAUCGUGUUGGGGGGAAAGGGGCCUCCUUCAGGCCAGCAGGCAAGUACACAAGGUGUUUGGAGGACAGUGCUGAAGGUAAUGUAGUACAUAGGCAUGUAGGUAAGCCUCAUUUGAGAGUCCAGACUGCAGUGAGAAGUGGAUAAAUAUGGAUUGAAUUUCAGGGGCAGGAAGAAGAACAAAUAUUUGGGACAGUGGAGGGGAGGAUUCAUAGUUACCCUGUCCACUUUUUCUGCCACUUAAAACAUAAGGAAGGGUGUUCUAGGCUGUGUCUGGAUGCCAGUCCUGCACUCAGAGCAUCUGUGGCAAAGCUGCCUCUGGUGGAAUGAUGCAGGAUUAGACUCCAACUGCUGUUGAUUUCUGGUCCUUGUGAUAUUUAAGUCCAUAAUUUUUGUAAUUUGGCAGAUUUACUCUUAAACAUGUAUGUAUGGCCACUCAGCCCCUAAUUGUCUUGUUGUUAUUGAUUGUUCAAAAGGGCUGCAUUUAACCUGAUGUUCAAAGGAAUUGUGGAAAUACAUACAUAUGUGCAUAUUUUUAUACAUAUAUGCAUGCUCACAUACACAGGGAUAUAUUUUCAUAAUGACAGAAGUAUGCCUGGUCAUACACUGUACUUGUAUAGAGUUUUGGAUUAAAUUCAUUCUUCAAAAAUGGAAUAAUAAACUGAUUUUUUUUUCUGCCUUGCA